AGAUAGCUGAGGGCGAACUGAAGAGUCCACUAACUAGGACAGUCCCACUGUCUGUGGGUUUCCCUAUGCUGGGAAUCCAGGAAGAGGAACUAGAGUUAAAAAGUUGGGUACAAUCUGGUCUUGACUAAUUCCUGAAUUUCCAGGAUCAUAAAAUUCCCCCAAGAUGGUUUUUAAACUCACAAGACUGACUCCUGGAUACAUCAGGCUGCUGCACGUGAGUAAGAGCUUGAGUGGUAUGUUGUAUAGAACCUCUGUGAAUAUAUUAGCCAAGAAUGCUUUUGUGUCAUUUAGGGGCUGAACCCACCAAUGAAACUUCGUGUGCCAACCUUUCACUUUUUUUAUUUUUCUGAAACACCAAAACUGUAGGGAACAAGAAGUGCUGAUUCAUUAGAGCUCGCUAGCCUGUGUUGUUAAAAAACAGAGUGUAUCCACUCUAUUGCUAUUUUCGGCAUCAAGAAAAUCGUUCUGAUUGAUGACCUUUAAAACUACAAACCCUGGUAGCUCUCUUAGUGUCUGCAAUUUGAAGUCCAGAUCAGGAAGUGCUUGACAUUCUCAGUCUCUGCAGACCACAGAAAUAGGUUACAGAUGAAAUAACUUUGACAGUUGUGAAAGCAGCCAUUGAUUCAAUGGGAUAUUUGCAAGGUUGUGGUUUUACUGACAUGGACCGAAGUUAAUAGACAGAGACAAUGCAUACAGUAAGUUGGUUUCACUUGGCUGUUUUAUGCUUUCAUUAUGCAGCUCUAUUUUCAGUCAAGAGUUACAGAGAGUUGUGACAAAAUGAUGAAAUAUGGCUCUUUUAUUUCUUUAAAGCUAUCUGCAAAUAUGAGUUGGUUCAUGCCCCUUCUCCAACAACUGGAUGCCUUUUGUUUUACCUCACAAAGCACAAUCACUUUUGUCAUAGGUGUUUACCACAGACAGUUAAGAAAUCCACGCCUGUGAAAGUCCAUUGCAUAGUAAUUGGAAAUGGGAACUGGGUGAUUGAGCUACAGGAAUGGCUUCUUAACUGUCUGUGACACAGCUCCAUUAGAAAUGAUGAGGUUUCUAUUAUUUACUCCCUUGCUUUUUAUAAUAAGCAAGAGCCCGCUGAGGAAAUUGCCCAUGUCACAAAAUAGACAAGCAUUUUGUUUGUCAAAAGAGAUGCACAGCUAUUCGGUAAAUGAGAGGAGAUGAGUUUUUAAUCUCUCUGGAAUUGGUGGGAGGAAUAAAUGGGAAAAGGGGCACAGUGAGCAUCUUACGGCUCAUUCAUUUGAUGUUUGCUAAAAGGGUUGCGAAACCCUAAACUUUAUCCCCAUCCAUGCAUAUUUUUGUGCAUAGAAUUAUAACUCUUUGGGAAUCAUUUGAUUUCAAGACCCUGCAGUUUACAUGACUUUAACACUUCUUAUGUACCUUUUUCUUCUCUCAGACCCAGGCCUAUCAUAAUGUGGUCAUGACACCUCCAGCAGAGAAGACCAUGCCUGGUAUGGCCAUGCUCCUGGGGGCUGUGGGGAUCGGGAUGUGCGGCUACAGCUCCAGACAGUUAGCCCUCCACCACCGGCCCUCUGCUCGUGUCUUGCAGUUGGUUGGCACUCACACUGAUGCCAGCACAGUGGGCACAGCAGCUCCUAGAACCCACAUCCAGGAUGUUCCUCGUCGGGCUAGCACCCACCAGGAGAUCCCAUCUCCCUCCUUUGUGGGCAAGAAAGUUUCAGUGAAAUAGUCUGAUGGUGGAGUUAUGUAUUUGUUGACAUCAUGGGUUGAGUUUGAGUAACUACACUUACACAGAUCCAAGAUUGUAGCUAUGCUGGCCCACGGUUCAAGUGUGGCCCAUGUGCUCUUUUGAGUCGUGCAAGUGUAGAUAUUUAACUGACCUCAACCGUUGUUGUCAAUAAGUUGGAUGUUUUGUAGAAAUAAGGAUUUCUGUGGUUAGUGAAACUUCAAAGGAGAUCAAAUGCCACUGGUUUGUUAAAACUAGUCUCCAAUAUUGGUGUCUGCAAAGCACAGAGAGGGCACUAAGCAAUGUGAGUGAUUGGAUGAGUAUGUAAUGAUGCAGGAACUGCCCAAAGACUGUAGCUGAAUGUUGCUUGAAGGAGCUAACACGUUUAAUUUGGAGACAUUGUGUGUCUUUUUGAGACAUGGCGUAAAAAGGAUUUGACGCUUGGCAGUGCCCCUCUGUACACAGAUGGUUGGCAGCUCUCUCUAUCUCUCUGUCCCACCGCUUCUACUUCCUCCUCCUUAGGCAAGCAGCCAUUCUCAAGUGCUUGAACAGCCCAUCCUUGCUCAUGACUUCAAUUGAUUUUCCUCUGGGGAGCCGCAGGUGCCAUUUAUCAACAAGCCGUGGCAUUUGCUGGCACAGUAUGGCACUGACUGUCAAUCAUGUUAACAGUUACCGUGACUGACUACACAGGUUGGCUUUCUGUCAGUAUCUCUUGCUCUCUAUGUUGAAAUGACUUAUGAUCUGUGAGGGCUUAGUUGGGGUGGCAAAGAAGCAGGAUAGGUUUGAGGAAUUGCACAUUUUUUUUGUACAGAAAAAAACAAGUACACUUUCUUCCUGAACUGUGUCAUAAAAACACUUAAACACAUACUCCUCAUCAGAUUUACAAGUCUAAAUUUACCUGGCUGAGGCACAGCGGGAGUCAGGGCGGCAGAGGUAAAAUGUCAAUUCCUCGUGGAUAAGCCUGUGUCCUCUGCAGAGAUUAUCCCAGGUGGGAAAUCACUCCUGGCAAACAGUCUCAUACUCCUAAUCUGGUAUUAGAGACAAAGACCCGUGAGUUACUAAGUCCCUGUGCAUCCUAACUUUGCACCGUUCCCCCUGUGGUGUCCACCAUUUGUCCCAAUGUCAUAGAUAGAUUAAGAAAUAAUGGGAUUGGUGUUUCCAUCUGGAUAAACACCAAAGAUGUGGCCAUGAAAAGGGACUUGGGAAAUGGCGAGAUGCUAAGUGUGGUUGAGAAUGCGUGCUGUGCCUUGCGGAUAGCACAGGCUGAUAUAUCUUUCUUUUAACUGCCUCAUAUUUGGACUUCGUAUCUAAGAAAGUGAGGAAUUUGUGUUUCAGUCACAAGACAAUAUUGAGCCACUAAAAAGGAGGAUUAUCUGCAAACAGGGGACUGAAGGUGAAAAGGUUUUGCUUUUUUCAGUUUUGGGAAAAGUUGAGAAAAAGAGGGUGGUGAGAAAGUUCUAUGUUUCAUCACUUAGAGGUCAGCCAGACCUUGUAAUCCAUUUUUUUCAUUGCUGAUGAGCUGUCUCCAUCUGUCUGCCAAAUUGGAUCGUUGUCUGGUUGUAGCAGGUUGCAAGUUUUUAAAGCCUCAAUAGUGCCCACCCCAGAAUAUUGGGACAGUAGGUCACCAACAAAAUGAUCGUAAUCCACUCAGCAGAGGCGGUUAAUGGCUCCAGCUGGCAUCACAUUCAGAACAAUUGGUCACCCCUCUCUGGCCAGAGACUGACACCCAUAAACAAUCUUGUGGCAGUGAUGGGCUCAGGAACAAGAGGUGCUUGCAUGCUCUGUGUGAUGGAGGGAAAACACAGGAUAAAUUUGGGUUUUUAAUGUUCCAGUGUAGACACAUGCUUGAGUCAACACUGGCUUUGAAAUCAAAUACUAAGUACCCAUCAUGCUGGUACAGAACCAUGUCUUAUAAUUACAGACACUGCACUUCCAUGAGUGUGAAAUCGAUGUGGGUGGAGGGCUAGAGGUUUUGUAACACACCUGGCUGGUUUUGAUAGAUUCUCUCCAUACUGCAGCAGCGCACAGUGAGUACAAAGCACUGUGGAAAACAUUGAUCUCAAUCAGAGAGUGAGGGAGAGCUUGUCUCUUCACUGCAGAGAACUUACUGUUCUGAGUGUGGUACAAUUUUAGAGUCGAGAACUGCCAAGACAGCACUGACAGAGAGGAAACAUCAGAAAACAUGUUAACUCUUGGAAUAAAAUCCUGGAAAAAACUCUGAAGAGCUCAGUAUUCAUCUGUUAGCUUCUUGUGUUAGUCCCACAUUACUGUAAAAGUCUACAAACAUGAGUUCAGCUGUGUCUAUUUAAUGAGAGAUUUGUUCUGUUAGCAGUGUAAUUGACCAUUAAUGAAUAGAUGUUGGAAGAGAUUAAUGGAAUAAAAGCAUCUGGAAAACACGCUCUCUACUGUUGCUCUCAGUUACACAAUUGGGUCUGUUCUUUUUGUACAGCUUUGUGGCAUGACAUUGUUUUCUGUACCAAAAAGUGAAUGUUUUUAGUAAAAAUAAUAAAAAUAAAAACAUGUUUUUUACUGUA